UGAGAGAGGGAGAGGGAGAGAGAGGCAGGGCGAGGCAGCCCCAGAGGAGGCUCAUGUCCCCAUCCCUGGGUCCAGGGAUGCCCUCUGUUUGUUUAGUAGCUACACUCCUUUUAGCAUUAUCUAUCAGUUUUAUCUCAGGAGAAACGGAAGUAAGGUUCACAGGACAAACAGGAUUUGUAGUCAAUGAAACUACUACAACAGUUAUACGGCUUGUUAUUGAAAGGGCAGGAGAACCAGUGAAUGUUACAGCUAUUGUAGCGAUUCAUGGUGAAAAUACAGGUGAUUUUUUUGACACAUACGCAGCAGCAUACAUAUCUGAAGCAGAAACAAAUCGAACUGUCUACAUUUCUGUAUGUGAUGAUGAUCUUCCUGAGGCUGAUGAGACAUUCGUGUUUUAUUUGACACUGCAGAAACCACUUCCAGGAGUAACAGUUGGAUCACCAAGAGCUGUCACUGUGACCAUUUUAUCAAAUGACAAUGCCUUUGGGAUCAUUUCUUUUGAUAUGCCUGCCUUAAUCAUACUGACUGAGCCCAGAGGUGGGAAUCAAUCUGUGCCUCUCACCCUAGUUAGGGAGAAGGGAACCUAUGGAACCGUGACUGUGAUUUAUAAGGUAGAAGGUCCAAAUUCUCCUGAAGAAGACUUGAGCCCAGUAAGGGGAAAUAUCAGUUUUCCUCCUGGCACAGCUGUAUUGAUUUAUAACAUAUUUGUUCUAGAUGACCAGAUUCCAGAAGACGAUGAACUAUUUAUUCUGCAUCUGAGAAGUGUUGAAGGAGGAGCUGAAAUCAAUGCAUCAAGAAAUUCUGUUGAGAUUAUUAUUAAGAAAAAUGAUAGCCCAGUACGAUUUACUCAAAGUAUUUACAUGGUGCAUGAGGAAGAUGAUAUACUAACAAUCCCAGUAGUUCGGGGGAAAGAUGAUAGUGGAAACAUAAUUGGACCUGAUGAAAAUGAAGUCUCAGUUUGCUACAACAUUGUAACUGGGAAUUCAACCAUACAUGCUCAGCUUAACUUAGACUUUCUAGACCUACAGCCAAAUACAACUAUUUUUUUUCCACCUCUAGUGCAUGAAUCUUAUAUUACAUUCAAAAUCCUUGAUGAUACCAUACCAGAAAUUGCAGAGACAUUUCAUAUCAUGCUACUCAAAGACACUUUACAAGGAGAUGCUAUUUUAGCAAAUCCAUCCAUUGUCCAAGUCACCAUUAAGCCUAACGAUAAACCUUAUGGAGUAUUAUCAAUCAAUAGCAUCUUGUUUACUCAGACAGUUGUCAUUGAUGAAGACCAGAGGCUCAGAUACGAAGGCAUCACUGUUGUAAGGAAUGGUGGAACACAUGGAAAUGUUUCAGUUUCCUGGAUUAUAACCCGCAACAACAGUGAUCCUUUGCCGGUGACUGCAGAUAUCAUUCCAGAUUCAGGAGUAUUGCACUUUUCUCAAGGGCAGCUGUUGGCAUCACUUCCCCUGAACAUUAUUAAUGAUGACUUACCUGAAGAAGCAGAACCCUAUCUACUUAAGAUUCUAGCUCAUACAAUACAUGGAGGUGCAGAAGUGAGUGAACCAGCUGAGCUUUUGUUUUACAUUCAAGACAGUGAUGAUGUCUAUGGUGUGGUAAAUUUCUACCCUUUGGAGAAUCAGAGGAUAGAAAGCAGCCCAGAUGGACGGUUUUUGUUCCUUAGCUUUGCAAGGCAAAGGGGAACAGUGGGAGAUGUGGGGCUGUCUUAUACAGUUGCAUAUAUCCCUGCUGGUCCUGUGGAUCCUGAGCGAGCUAAAGAAGGUGUUCUAAAUGUUUCUGGGAGAAGUAUCCUAUACAUCCCUGAAGGAAAAACUGAAGACAUUGUAAAAGUACCAAUAAGAAAUGAUGCUUUUCUUCAAAAUGGAGCCCAUUUCUUAGUACAGCUGAAAAAAGUCGAACUGUUGAAUAUUAUUCCUCUGAUUCCACCUGUAAGUCCUAGAUUAGGUGAAAUCCAGAAUAUCUCUUUAAAAAUCACACCUGACAUUGCAAAUGGAGAAAUUGGUUUCAUCAGCAACCUUCCAAUAAUUUUACAUGAGCCAGAAGAUUCAGCUUUUACAGUAAGCUCCAUUCCCUUGCAUCGGGAUGGGACUGAUGGACAAGCCACUGUGUUUUGGAGCCUGAUACCUUCUGGCCUCAACCCCAAAGCAGUAACUAUUGAUGAUAUAAGCCCUUUCUCUGGAUCUGUUGUUUUCUUAUCUGGGCAAAGUGACACUGCAAUCAAUAUUACUAUCCAAGCUGAUGACAUCCCUGAAAUGAAUGAGACUCUGAUAUUGUCAUUAGACAGGGUGAGUGUAGAAAAUCAAAUCCUGAAAUCUGGAUAUACUAGCCGUGAACUAAUUAUUCUGGAAAAUGAUGAUCCUGGGGGAGUAUUUGAAUUUGCUUCCUCUUCUAGAGGACCCUUCAAGAUAAAGGAAGGAGAAUCUGUUGAACUCCAGAUUGCCCGGUCCAGAGGAGCUCUUAUUAAGCAAUUUCUACAUUACACAGUAGAGCCAAGAGACAGCAAUGAGUUUUAUGGAAACACAGGAAUUCUGGAAUUUAAACGUGGGGAAAGAGAAAUUAAAAUUACUUUGUUAACAAGGAUGGAUGGAAUUCCAGAGUUGGAUGAAUUGUACUCAGUGAUACUCAGUAGCCAUGGUGAACUGCCAAGUAAGCUGGGAAAUGCCACAAGAGUCAACAUAACCAUUCUGAAGAAUGAUGAUCCACAUGGAAUAAUUCAGUUUCUUUCUGAAGGACUGGUAGUAACAAUAAAUGAAAGUAAAGGCAGCGACAUCUAUGCUGCUGUGUUCCCAGUUGUAAGAAAUCAAGGGACCUUUGGCAAUGUGAAUGUGUCUUGGGCAACUUACCCAGUUUUUACAAAAGAUAUCUUCCCUGAACAAGGAACAGUUUCCUUUGGGAGUGAGGAAUAUUCAAAAAACAUUACAAUUUAUUCAGUUCCAGAUGAGAUACCUGAAGAAAUGGAGUUGUUCAUCAUUAGUCUUUUCAAUAAUACAGGAGGUGCUAGAAUGGGAAAUAUAACCACUGCAACCUUACAUAUUACAAAAAACGAUGACCCAAUUUAUUUUGCAGAUCCUGUCAUUGUGAAGGUUGAUGAAGGCGGCACUGCUAAUUUUGUAGUCGUUAGAAAUGGCUCUGAUUCUGAUGUUUCAGUUCUGUAUGCUACUAUUAAUGGAAGAGCCAGUGCAGAAGAGGGAGACUUCAUUUCUAGUGAAAAAAGUGGAUUUCUAUUCUUUGAUGCUGGAAUAAGAGAACACAACAUAACAGUGUUUAUCAAAGAUGAUGAUACCCCAGAGUCAGAUGAGACUUUUUAUAUAAUCCUUUUCAAUUCUACAGGAGACACAGUAGUCUAUGGAGCUGGAAUGGCAACAGUAAUCAUUGGAGCUAACGAUGACCCAAAUGGUAUUUUCUCAUUGGAACAAACAUGCAAAGUAGUUGAAGAAGGCAAAACCAAUUAUUUUUUGGUUUUGAGGCACAGAGGUCUCUUUGGCAAUGUGUCUUUGGUCUGGCAGCUGUUUGAGAAUAAUUCAGAUCUGGGCCCAGAAGAAGAAUUCUUUGAAGUGUCUGGGACUGUACAGUUCAUGGAUGGUGAAUGGUCACAACCCAUAACUCUUCAUGCUGUUCCUGAUAAAAUUCCUGAAUUCAAUGAAUUUUACACACUAAAGUUGGUGAAUGUUUCAGGUGGUUCACCAGGCCCUGGUGGACAAUUAGCUGGAACUAACCUUUCUGUGACUGUGAUGAUCCCAUUUAAUGAUGACCCCUUUGGAGUCUUUAUCCUAGAUCCUGAAAGCCAGGAGAAGGAGAUAGCAGAAGAUGUUCUGUCUGAAAAUGAUAUUUCCAACUUUGCCAGCUUUAUGGUAUGGAGGCAACAGGGUACCUUUGGAGAUGUCCGUGUUGGCUGGGAAAUACUAUCAAAUACAUUGAAAGAAGGGUUACCUAUGAUGAUUGACUGCUUAUUGCUUGGAAAGUUUUCAAAUUCAGUACAGUCACAACCACACAUGCGGCGUCAUCACACUGGAACAGAUGCUUUGUAUUUUAGUGGUGAAGAGGAUGUAUAUGGGAUUGUUGAUCCUGAGUUCCAUGUGAGUAAGAACAGAACUCUUGCCAACUUUACAUUUUCCGCCUGGGUGAUUCCUAGUAUCAACAGUGAAGGAUUUAUAAUUGAAAAAGACAAUGGCAAUGGAACAAUGUAUUAUGGAGUGAAAAUCCACACAAAUGAAUCCCAUGUUUCCAUAAUGCUUUAUUAUACACCACUGCAGUCUAAUGUGACACACAUUGCUAAGAUCUCUGUUGUGAAAUACUUAGAGGAAAAUAGUUGGCUCCAUCUCCUCAUUACAUUGGAUGAUGGCAUAAUUGAAUUUUUCAUUGAUGGAAAUCUUGUGCCUGGAGGGAUUAAGAGCCUUAAAGGAGAAGCAAUUGCUGAUGGGCCAGGGAUAAUGAGAGUUGGUGCUGGGAUGAAUGGUAACAACAGAUACAAAGGGAUUAUGCAAGAUGUGAGACUGUAUGAGCGUAAACUGACUAAGGAGGAAAUCUAUGAACUUCAUGCAACUCCAGCAAGAGCUGACUUGCACCCCAUCUCUGGGUACUUAGAAUAUCGACAGGGAGAAAUCAAUAAAUCAUUCGUUGUUUCUGCCAGAGAUGAUAGAGAAGAAGAAGGAGAGGAGAUGUUCAUCCUCAAGCUUGUUUCUGUUCACGGAGGAGCACGGAUCUCACAAGAAAACACAACUGCAAUGUUAAGAAUCCAGAAGAGUGAUAAUGCCAAUGGUCUGUUUGGUUUCACAGGAACAUGUAUUCCAGAGGUUUCUGAUGAAGGUUCUACUGUAUCUUGUGUAGUGGAGCGCACCAGAGGGGCCCUGGAAUAUGUUUUUGUCUAUUACAGUCUAUCUCAGAUUGAUUCUGAUGGCGUUAAUUACUCUGUUGCUGAUUUUAGUAACACGAGUGGAAUGAUCACAUUCCUUCCUUUCCAAAGAUCAGAAGUUUUAAAUUUGUUGGUGCUUGAUGAUGAUAUUCCUGAACUAAAUGAAUAUUUCCAGGUGACUUUAGUGUCUGCUGUUUCUGGAGAUGGAAAGAUAGGUUCAAUGGCAACAAGUGGAGCAAGCAUAGAUCCAGAGAAGGAAACCACCUACAUCACCAUCAAAGCCAGUGACCAUCCUAAUGGUUUGUUACAGUUCUCAGUGGGGCAGCCUCCAGAAGACAGUGAUGAAAUCAUUCUACCAGCCACGAGUGCACCCCACAUCACUGUGAAGGAAGAAGUAGGACAAGUCAGGUUGCUUGUUGUCAGAGCACAAGGUCUACUUGGAAUGGUUCUUGUACAAUACAAAACCAUUUCACUAACAGCAUUCACCCCUCAAGACUAUCAGGAUAGUAAAGGCAGCUUGGAAUUUCUACCAGGAGAAAGAUACAAGUACAUUAUCGUUAACAUUACAGAUAAUUCUAUUCCUGAGCUGGAAAAAGCUUUCAAAGUGGAGUUGUUCAAUCCAAAUGGAGCAGUUGCUGAACUCUUUAAUGAUGGCAGUGGUAGUGGUGAUGGGGAUUUGGACUUCUUCCUUCCUGCUGUCCAUCAACAGGCUAGCUUGGGUAUAGCCUCUCACAUCAUAGUGACUAUUGAAGCCUCUGAUGAUGCUCAUGGGGUAUUUGAAUUCAGUCCUGAAUCCCUUGCUGUCAAUGGAACUGAACCUGAGGAUGGAGGUGGAAAAGUCACGCUUGAGGUUGUAAGAAACCAUGGUGCCUUGUCCCAGGUGACUUUGUAUUGGUUCAUUGUACCUGAUGAUACUGAAGAUCUGGAGGCUACUUCUGGCAACAUAACUUUCAAUAUAGAACAAAGGAGAGCAAAUUUAACAGUGCAGAUCGUGCCUGAUGAAAUCCCAGAACUAGACAAGAUUUUUUCAGUUUGGAUUAUCAAUGUUUCCUGUGGACGUCUUGGAGUUCACACCAAUGCUACAUUAGUAAUCCUUGCCAGUGAUGACCCUUAUGGACUUUUGAUUUUCUCUGAGAAAAACAAACCAAUCAAAGUUGAGGAAAGGACCAAGAACAUCACUCUUACAGUCAUACGGUUAAAAGGUCUCUUGGGAAUAGUCAUGGUUGCAUAUCAAACCAUGGCUGAUGAGGAUCACUCACCCUUUCUGCCAUCAAAUGUUGCAAGGGCAACCUGUGGACAAGACUAUUUGCCCAUUUCAGGAUCUGUAAUCCUUGCAGGUAAUGAAAGUGAGGCUACUAUAGAACUCCCUAUUCUGGAUGAUAAUGAACCAGAGAAAUCUGAAUCGGUGUUUGUGGAGCUGCUUGGUGUUACCCUGAUAGAAGGAGUCCAGUAUCGGCCAAUUCCAGAUUCUCCACGCCUUGGACCUAAAAGUGAUAGGAUUGCUCACAUAAUUAUCAAUGCCAAUGAUGAUGCUUUUGGAACACUACAACUCUCAGCAUUGGCCGUGCGAGUGGCUGAAAAUUACAUUGGACCUAUCAUCAAUGUCACAAGAACAGGGGGACUUUUUGCAGAUGUUUCAGUAAAAUUUAAAGCUGUGCCGAUAACAGCAACAGCUGGUGAAGACUACAGUGUCGCCUCAUCAGAUGUUGUCUUACUAGAAGGAGAGACCAGCAAAGCUGUGCCAAUUUAUAUAAUAAAUGAUAUCAACCCUGAGACUGAAGAGUCCUUCCUUGUACAAUUGUUUAAUGAGACAACAGGGGGAGCAUUGCUUGGAAGUUUAACUCAGGCUGCUAUAAUCAUAGAGGCCUCUGAUGAUCCAUUUGGAUCUUUUGUCUUCCAGAUCACUGAAAUCACUGUUGAAGAACCCGAUACCAAUACAGUGAGGAUUGAUCUCCCAGUUAUUCGCAAUGCUGGAACACUGGGCAAUGUGACUGUUAAAUGGAUUGCCACCAUUAAUGGGCAACUUGCUGACAGUGACUUGCGAGUCUUCUCUGGUGAUAUACAGUUUUCACCUGGGGAGGCCACAAGGAACUUGACCUUGGAAAUAGUGGCUGAUGAUUUUCCAGAAAUUAAAGAGGUGAUCCGAGUAGAAUUAAGUCAGGCCUCCAAUGGAGGCACUAUUGGACUGGAGAGAAUUGCAAAUGUUAUAAUUCCUGCGAAUGAUAGGCCAUAUGGCAUAGUUUCCUUUCAACAAGCAUUGUAUCGAGUUCAAGAACCACUGGAGAGAAGUUCACUUGCAAAUAUAAUGGUGAAGAGAAGUGGUGGAAGAUUUGGCCAGCUGCAGAUUGUCUACAGCACUUCUGAAAUUGACAUUGUAACUCUUGCAGCAGAGCAAAGCCUGGAUCUCUUGUCCUGCUAUGAAGCACCAGUGCAAGGAAUUCCAGAUCAAUCUCAGAUGAUUAGAAUGAAUGUGUCUUUUGCUUAUGAUUCACUGUACAGUUGUGCAAUGCUGUGCCUGAAAGAGCAAGCAUGUUCAGCCUUCUCAAUUUCCAUUGCCUCUGGAAUCCCGUUAUGCUUUUGGAUGGCAUCUUGGGAUGAACCUGUAACCAACAACUCAGCUUUCUGGACGUACAAGAAAAAUCUAACCACUGUAUCCUCUCUUUUGAGUACACAAGCAAUUGCUAAUAGUGAUUAUGAAACUAUUACAAAGCAGUGGGUGAUAAUGGCAGAAGGAGAGGAGUUUGCAAACCUUACAGUAACUGUACUUCCUGAUGAUUUUCCAGAAGUGGAUGAAAAGUUUAGCAUAUCUCUGUUAAAAGUAGUACUGAUAAACAUCUCUGCUAGUUUUGAAAAUCAGCCAAUCAUAGGACAACCCAACACCUCUACAGUUAUUAUAUUAAUGAAUGGAGAUGCCUUUGGUGUGUUUAUGAUCUACAGCAUUAGUCCCAAUACAACUGAAAAUGGUCUUUAUGUAGAAGUUCAAGAAUGGCCUCAGAAUACAGUGCAGUUAAUGAUACAUAGAACUGAAGGAAGUUUAGGGCAAGUAACAGUAGAAUGGAACAUAGUUGGUGGCACAGCUACUCCAAAUCUGGAUUUCAUUGGUGAUGGGGAAAUCCUGAGUUUUGCAGAAGGUGAAAUUAAAAAACUGAUAACGCUUACAAUUCUAGAUGACUUGGAACCUGAGGAUGAUGAAAGCAUUAUAAUUAGUUUGACCCACACUGAAGGUGGCAGUCAUAUUCUACCCAGCUCAGACACUGUUACGGUGGUUAUUCCAGCCAAUGAUAAUGUGGCAGGAAUUAUUAGCUUUCAGACAGCCUCAAGAUCUGUUAUUGGUCAUGAAGGAGAACUGCUGCAGUUUCAUGUGCUAAGAACUGCACCAGGAACUGGGAAUGUCACUGUUGACUGGAAGAUUGUUGGGCACCAUGUGGAUCAAAACUUUGAAAAUAUUUCCGGCAUGCUCUUAUUUUUGGAGGGGUCAUUGAACACAACAUUUUACGUUCACCUCCUGGAUGAUCAUAUUCCUGAAGAAAAGGAAGAAUAUCAAAUAAUUCUGCAUAACGUUAGAACUGAAGGGGUCACUUCUUUGGGAGCUGCUGCCCUGGACAGCCAAGGUUAUGAAGCGGUUUUGACUGUGGAGGCUAGUGAUGAGCCACAUGGAGUCUUGGAUUUUGCAUCUUCAUCUAAAAUUGUUUUGGCCCAAGAAGGAAACACCACGAUUCAGCUUUUCAUUAAUAGAGAAUUUGGAUCUCUAGGUGUCAUCAAUGUACUAUGCAACAGUUCGGAAUUUCUUGACUUAAAGAACAGACGGAAGGGAUACUCUGCUGAACCAGGUGAUGGUGUCCCAGAGAUACAAGAAUUCUUCCUCAUUAAUCUCACAUCUGUGGAACGGAUCAAAUCUUCGACAUCUUUGCCUCCCAGACUUGAUGUAGAUGGUUUGGCAGCACAGAUUGUUAUUGAUGCAAACGAUGGAGCAAGAGGAGUAAUUGGCUGGCAAAAUAGAGAUUUUGAAAUAAAUGAACUGGAUGGAAGCUUGACGUUGGUGGUAUUCCGGGAUCGAGGUUCUUACGGUGAUGUGUCUUUGUUCUUAUAUGCUCAGAAUCUGGAAGCACAACAGGGACUGGACUUUAAUGUAUCCUCAAGGACUCUUUCUUUUGCUGAUGGAGAAAGGUAUAAAUCUGUGGAAGUUAUCAUUUUUGAUGAUGAUAUUCCUGAAGGAGAUGAGAGAUUCCAGCUAAUUUUAGCAAACCCAUCCCUUGGACUGGAGUUGGGAGAAAACAUAACAGCUACAGUUACCAUCCUUGCAAAUGAUGAUGGCUAUGGAGUUUUAUCCUUCAACAACAGUGAACAUUUCUUUCUAAGGGAACAGACAUCACUCCAUUUGAUGGAAAAUGUUGCAGUACUGACCAUUGUCAGGGAACCUCCACAAGGAAUAUUUGGCACCGUGACCGUCCAGUAUCUUGUACGAGAGAUAAAUUCUUCUGAAGCAUCUGUAGAUUUGACCCCAUCACAAGGAUAUAUUGUUCUAGAAGAGGGAGUCAGAUUCAAGACAUUGCACAUUACUGCCAUACUAGAUGCUGAACCAGAAAUGGAUGAGCAUUUCAUUGUUACUCUGUUCAAUUCAACUGGUGGAGCCAGACUAGGCACAAGAACAGAAACUUUUAUCACAGUGCUGCAAAAUCAGGCCCCGUUGGGACUUUUCAGUAUCUAUCCAGUUUCAAAUAGGACAGAUUCUCUUACAAUUGAAGAAGGCAACUCUACAAUCUACUUGAAAGUAUCUCGGAACAAUGGGAUCAACACAUCAGUGAGCGUGGAAUGGGAAACAUUGUCUGAUACUGCAUUUGGGAUAAAGGGUGGAUUAAGUGUGUUGUCCACCUUACAAAGUUUUGUGGAAGAUCCAAUAUCUAGCUGGUGUUUCUUUACGGCAGGAAACUUUCUAUAUGGCAUACUAUUGAGAAGGAAUCCAGCUGUCAGUUCUUUGCUAUACCAGUGGCGGGGUGUUUUUGUACCCAUUGAGGAGUUUACUACUGAGAAUCCUCUUCACUGUAUUGCAUUUCAAAUCAAUGGCUCAUCCUAUCUAGUAAUUACUCAAGGUGGAACAAAACAACUUGAACCUUCUAGCAACACAGUGUAUUCCUUCAGCCCUGGCUUUCAGUUACUACAGAUACAGUCCAUCUUUGUGCCAUGUAGCACUGAUGUAAAGCAUUUCAGUUUGGACCAUAGCCAUUACCUGAUAAUUACAAGUUGUACACCUGAAUCUAAAUCUCUCCAGGUUUUCCUCUGGGAUAAUGGCAUAUUUGUAUUCCAUCACCAGCUCUCUGUGAAUGGAGUUCUAAGUGUGGAUGUUUUCCACAGGGGAGGCGCUGCAUACAUAGUAAUGGUACCACCAGACCCCACACAGCCUCCUCUUCUAUACCAGUGGUCAGAUAACAAAUUUAUGAAGUUUCUUGAAGUGCCAGCCAGUGGAAUAACACAAGUCAGAGCCUUGAUUUCUGGAUCUGACAUCUAUUUAAUGUUUGUGAAAGGGCCCAGUAGUACAUGUGAUGUUUUUAUAUGGGAGUCAGGGCAAUCUUCCUUUAGGCAUUUUCAGUCCCUUUCUGUCAAAGCUGUAAAUGACAUCCACACCUUUAUUCCAUCCUCUGGUUUAGUACACAUCCUGUUUGCUAGCAAGAAUAAAUCAGCACUCUAUUACUGGAACUCACAAAUAAAUCAGUUCUCUCUACUGCUGGAGGCCCCUUCUGCCAAUCAUAUCACUGCUGUCAAUGUAAAGUCUCUAAACUCCAAUAAAAGUCUAAUUGUUCUGACUGGAGAUUCAUACUGUUAUAUUUAUGAGCUGACUGCAAUAUCAAAUCAAUCAGAUUUCAUACCUAGUUCAGGUGAACUGAUAUUUGAACCAGGAGAUAAAGAGGUUGUGAUAGCAGUCAAUAUCUUUGAUGAUGCAGUGCCAGAAGAGGAAGAAUUUUUUAAAGUAUGGUUGAAAAAUCCAAAGGGUGGAGCAGAAAUUGGUCCUAAUGGUUGUGUUACUAUAAUUAUAUCCUCUAAUGAUGAUGCUCAUGGAAUCAUUGCAUUUGCACAGAGUUCUUUAUUUAGAAAUGUAGAAGAACUGGAACUGGACACUUUAAUCACAUUGAAUAUUGAACGCUUAAUAAGUACCUAUGGACGUGUUGUAGUACAUUGGGAGGCCAGUGGGAGUAUAAAUGAUAUAUUUCCAACUUCAGGAGUGAUUACCUUUUCAGAAGGUCAAGCCUUGUCCACAGUCACAUUAACAGUCCUUGCAGAUGUUGUUCCUGAAGUUGCAGAAUCGGUGAUUGUAACUCUUAGCCAUGUCAGCACUGUGGGUAUUCAGGAUCCAAAAAGAGGAGCGACCAUUGACAUAAACAGAGCAAAGGCUGUACUUACUGUUUUGCCUAAUGACUCUCCUCAUGGCAUAAUAGGAUGGCACACAGAUUCUCUCUUUGUUAAAGUAGCAGAACCUGAAGAUAAAUCAACUAUUGUUACUUUACAUAUUCUCAGAGAGCAAGGAUUUGUUGGAGAUAUCAGAGUGCACUUGGUACCCCAGCCUGUUUUUUCACUCCCCUUUGUCAAUCAGGCUAUGGAAAAUGAGGAUUAUAGACUGGAAAACAAGACAGUUUUCAUGGCAGAGAAUAUACCAAUAGCUCCUGUAACUAUAUUAAUUUUGCCGGAUAAUGUUCCAGAAUUACAAGAGGGAUUUGUAAUUAAUAUUACCAGUGUGGAAUUGCUAGACCCUUCUCUUGCUGGAGGGCAGCCAAGUGUGAAGAGACUUGGCUUAGAAAUAGCUGAGAUAAUGAUUGAAGAAAAUGAUGACCCCAGAGGAAUAUUUCAUUUUAAUGCUACCAAGGAUGUGAGUGGAACCGUGUCUGGUUAUGAGGUACCUCCUCCAGAUAAUGUUCUGAAGCUUCAUGUUGUUCGAACAGCAGGACAGUUUGGAACCAUUAAUUUGUACUGGGAUGCCACACCUACCACUGCUAGCCUAGAAGAUUUUACACCAUCAUCUGGGAACCUUACAUUUUCAGAUGGACAAGUGACAGGAGUGAUAGAGAUCUCUAUCAUAGAUGAUGACAUUGUUGAGUUUUUGGAGAUGUUCAGUGUCACUUUACUUAGAGUGACAGGAGGUGCCCGACUAGGAAAGGAUGUGCAAGUGGUUGUUGCCAUUCCACCAAAUGAUUCUCCUAUUGGACUAUUUGGAUUUGAAGAAAAGCAUGUAAAUGUAAAGGAGCCCCAAUUAGUUGAUGACCCUGUGGCAGAUGUUUUUCUUACUGUAAGUCGGAGUGAAGGGGGCCAAGGAGAAGUUCGAAUUAUCUGGAUUCUUGAGGAGGCUGCUAAAUAUGAUCUCACCCCUCUCAAUGGAACACUUCUCUUUGCUGAGAUGGAAUCCCAGAAAACAAUAUUUCUGCAAGCAAUUCAAGAUGCACUGUUGGAAGGUGAUGAAAGUUAUACAAUUCAGCUACUGUCUACUGACAACACGGAGAUAUCACCAAUAAAUGGAAUGGCAACCAUCACUAUACUGGGAGAUCAGGGAGCAUCUGGGAUUGUUGGGAUAUCUCCAUCCACCACACAUAUCCUGAUAGGGGAACCUGUAGGAAAGUACAAUGGGACUGCUUUUAUUGGCAUAGUACGAGGGCCAGGGAUUAUUGGAGAGGUUACAGUCUCCUGGAAUAUAACACCACCUGAUCAGAAGGAAUUUGCUGAGCUAUCAGGAACUUUCACCAUGAGAGACAGGCAGUCAGCUGCUGUUGUGAUUAUACAGGCACUAGAUGAUAAUCUCCCCGAGGAAAAACAUUAUUAUCAGUUUCAUCUAACUGGUAUCAGUGAUGGAGGAGUCAUCAAUGAGUCCACCAGCACAGCAUAUAUCACCAUGGCUGCUAGUGACUUGCCCUAUGGGCAGUUUGCAUUUUCCCAGGAACUACUUCAGGUGACAGAAGAAGAAAAGUGGGCUAAUGUCACAGUUGUCCGUUCCCGUGGAUAUUAUGGGAAAAUUUCUCUCUCGUACCAGAUACUGAAUGGGACUGCAGUAGAAGGCAUGGAUUUUGUUGUUAUGUUGGGAGAGCUUACGUUUAAACCCAAUGAAACUUUAAAAAUGAUUUAUAUUGAAAUUUAUGAUGAUGACCUUCCUGAAGGUCCUGAGGAGUUUUCGGUAGAACUUACAAAACUGGAAAUACUGGGAAGUGGAUUUGAUUUUAUGAUAAAAGAAAAUGGACUGCAGAUUGACCAGCCCCCUGAGAUUGGUAAUGCUUCGAUAAUAAGAGUCAUUAUAUCUAAAAGUGACAAUGCAGAAGGAAUAAUUGAAUUUGAUCCACUGUAUAUGACUCUACAAGUGGAGGAGGAUGUUGGGAUGGUAAUGAUUCCAGUAGUGCGAAGACAUGGGAAUUAUGGCUUUGUGACUGCAGAUUUCAUAUCUAGAAGUAUUUCAGCACUUCCUGAUGGUAUUGACUACAAUAUAGCAAACAAUACAGUGAUUUUUCAUCAUGGCCAAAACCAGAGUUUUAUCAAUAUUUUAAUCAUAGAUGAUGAUGAAAGAGAAUAUGCUGAGCAUUUUGAAAUCCAACUAACAGGAGCCAGUGGGGGAGCAGUGCUUGGGCUCCAUCUAGUGACCCAAAUAACAAUUGCCAGGAGUGAUUCUCCACAUGGAAUUGUUCGAUUCCUCAACCAAAGUCGAAUAAUUCUCCCAAAUCCUGAUGUAACGUUGAUACUCUCCAUGGUGCUGGAAAGAACAGGAGGAUUAAUAGGAGAUUCUCAGAUUAAUUGGGACAUUCUAGGACCUAAUUCAGAGGUCAUUUUGCCUGCUGUAAACAGUGACAUUGGUGACCCAGUGAAUGGAUCAUUUUAUUUUGAAGAGGCAGAAGGAGGUCUGCGAAGCAUCAAUUUGGAAAUUUAUCCUCAUGAAGAAGUUGAAGUUCAGGAAACAUACAUUAUUAGACUGCAUGCUGUGAAGGGUGAAACUGAAGUGGAUCCCAAGGCUGCCAGCAUUACACUAAUAAUUCUAAAGUUUGGUGAUCCUAAUGGGAUUGUGCAGUUUGCUCCUGAAUCCUUAUCCCCAGUGUACUAUGAUGAGCCAUCAGCAUCUGAAGGGCCAUUGAAUAUCACACUUUUCAUAAAGAGAAUACAAGGAAUCAUGGGAAACAUCACGGUUCACUGGCAAAUAAGUAGUGAUUCCGAUACCACGGGUGAUUUCUUCACAACCACUGGCUCUGUUUUAAUUCCUGAUCAACAAAGGACAUCUGAGAUUGUUAUAUCCUUGUUACCUGAUGAUCUGCCUGAAAUAGAUGAGCAUUAUGUGUUGCAAAUUACUUCAGUAGAAGGAGGUGCUGAUGUGGAUCUGGAGAAAAGCAUUUCUAAAUUCACAGUCAUUGCAAAUGAUGAUCCUUAUGGAGUAUUUGCCUUAUAUUCUGAAAAGCAGUCAGUAAUGGUGGAGAGGGAUCUUAGCCGCCACAUCCAGAUUAAUGUAACUCGGCAUGCAGGGACUUUUGCAGAUGCUAUUGUAGAGUAUCAGAUUUCGUAUCCCAAAGAAGAGAACCUACUUAAAGCAGCCAGUGAAAUAGGACAACUGCAAAUUAAUGAAGGUUCCAGUUAUGGAGUGAAAACAGUGCCACUACAAACCCAGGUAUUUCUUUUCUUGGGCUUGAAUUUUACUUUGGAAUUGAGCAAUGUAACCCUUUUUAAUGUCAGUGCCAAGAUUGUGCCUAAGAUUUUGGAGACAGCAAUGUCAGUCUCUGUUCCAGUUCCCAUGGAAGCUGCCAAUUCUCAGGUCGCCUUUGAUUCUGUUAUCUUACAACUUACAAAUAUUACAGCAGGGACAAGCCAAGCACUGAUAACUCGAAAAGGAGCAUAUGGCUCUAUAACAGUAGUCUGGAGUUCUGGAUAUCCAGCUGACCUUAAUCCAGAGUAUCUUCGCCCGGGCAAUAUUACACCAGCUUCUGGCACUGUUAAGUUUUCGCAUGGGGAAACAAACAGAGUUAUUUUAUUGCAUGUUGUUCCAAAUCCAAGUAGUCCUGAGGUGUUUGCUGUGCAUCUUUCAGCUGUGCAUAGCAAUGUGCCUGGCGGAGCUCGUCUAAGAUCAGACCACACUGUUGCUGAAAUUGAGCCAUUGGGAAUCUUUCAAUUUGCUCCUAGCUCAAGAGAAAUGUUGGUAAGGGAAGAAGAGCAAGCAGUCAGGUUAUAUGUACAAAGACUUUUUGGUUACCAAAGCAACAUUACAAAACUGUUCUAUCAGACAAUUGCAGGAAGUGCCAAACCAAUAGAUGACUUUGUACCUGUUCUUGGUGGAGAACUUGUUUUUAGGCCUCUUCAGGUUGAAGCUGUGUUUGAAAUCUUGAUCAUUGAUGACAACAUUUCAGAAGAUGAUGAACUAUUUUUUGUGAAUUUAACAUCUGUGGACAUUUUAGCUAUACAGCAAUUUGACCUAAUCCAGAAUCCACGUUUGAACCCAGAAUUUAAUGUUGCAUCAGUUACCAUACUGGCCGGGGAUAUCCAUCAUGGAAUUUUAAGCCUUGGACCAGCUGUUAUUUACACUGAAGAAGACACAAACAACAGCACAGUUCUGAUUCACAUUAGAAGGACUCAGGGGUUUGUGGGAAAUGUCUCGGUCAGUGUUAAAACAUUUGGUGGAAUAAAUGCUCAGAGAGGAACAAUUCCAUUCUCCUUUGAGGUUGUGGCUGGGAUUUCUAACAUAACUUGGGCAAUUGAAGGGGCAGAUUUUGAAGAGCUGGCUCUAUCUGUUGCAUUAGUGGAUGGAGAAAGAGAAAGCCAAGUGUCUGUCAGAAUUCUUGAUGAUGAUGAGCCUGAAGGACAAGAAUUUUUUGGUGUUAUCCUUUCUGACCCUCAAGGUGGAGCUCAGAUUACAGAAAUGAUGGAUGAAUAUGGAUUUGCAGGGUUUGCCGCAAUAAUUAUCAAAGGAAAUGAUCUUCAGAAUGGAAUUCUGGGAUUCAUUGGAGAGGCACAACAUGGCCUCCUGCUUAAUGAGGAUUCUGAGAAGAGGGAGGUGCAACUCAUUGUUACACGGCAACCAAACAGGUGCAGGCAAUGUGUGGAGAUCUCAUUGCGUGUUACCUUUAAUCGAACAUCUGUUGUCCUGCAGAGAAUGGCACAGUUGGCAAAUGAGCUGAUGGCUGUCCAGAGGAGUUACACUUGUAAUGUUGGUCAAACAGAAUGCACCAUUUCUAUUGAGAUCAAACCAGAUAAUGUGCCUGAACUGGAGACUUCUUUUUUUGUGGAGCUCUAUGAAGUGGGUGCAGGAGCAGCUUUAAACAACAGUGCCAGAUUUGCAUACAUAAUAGUCCCAGAAAGUGAUUCUUCUUGGGGUUUAAUCUACUUUGCUGUUGGGUCUCGUCUGGCUGUGGCACUCAGGAAGAACACUUUAAUCAGUCUCCAGGUGGUUAGAGAUUCUAGCACAGCAGUUACCAUUUCAGUUGGCUUCAGGACUCAGGAGCUGUUGAGGCCUGAAUCUCUUGGUCGUAUAAUCAUAUCACCUGCCAUUUCUGGGCAAGAUUUUAUUCAGUCUGAAGGGAUAUUAUCCUUUGAACCUGGACAGAGAAAUGCUGUUAUCGAUAUAACGCUCACUCCCAGAACUGGUUCUUUAAAUCCUUUUCCUAAACGCUUUCAAGUUGUGCUAUUCAGUGCUACUGGGGGAGCCAGAGUUGAUGACAUCUAUGGUACUGCCAACAUCACCAUUGUGUCUGAUUCAAAUUCCCAAGCCGUCUGGAGUCUAGCUGAUCAGUUGUACCAACCCCUUGAUGAGAAUAUUUUGAACAGGGUCCUCCAGUAUUUAAACAUCAAAGUAGUCACAGAAAGUACAGAAGAGCAGCUUGCUGCUGUAAUGCACAUUAUAGAUAAGAUAAUAUCUGAAGGAGAAAAACAGGCACUCACUGAUAAAAGCCGAAAUCUUUUGUAUGAAAUCCUCUGUGCACUUAUUAAUCCAAAACGUAAGGAUACUCGGGGCUACAGCUUCCUUGCUGAUGUUACUGAAAAAUUUGCCUUUUCACUUCCUGUUGGGGAAAUAUGUGGAUCUCCAGGGGAAAGAGGCAAAACCAUACUUGACCAUUGCCCUUACAUUGUAAUUAUGGCCCAUCAUUGGUAUCCCCAGCAAAUCAAUGGGCAUAGAUUUGAUGGGAAAGAUGGUGAUUUCAUCAAAAUACCUGAACGUUUGUUGGAAGUUUCUGCCUUAUCCCAGUCUAAAGACAAAAAUUGUAGAUUCAUUCAAGUCACUGAGUACAGUAGCCAACAGUGGUUUAUAAUGGGCGAGAAAGGAACUGCCCUGAAAAAUAAGAUUUUUUCAGCAAGUCUGAAGAGUCAAAGUCCACUUCUAUUGAAAGACAACAAUGAAAUCACCUACAGAAUUUAUUCUCCAGACAGCAGAAUUGUUCCUCAUAAGUCUUUGUGUCUUCUAUGGAAUCAGGCUGCUGAAAGCUGGUUGUCUGACAGUCAGUUCUGUAAAGUGAUGGAUGAUUCUUCAGAUUAUGUGGAAUGCUCUUGUUCACACAUGUCUAUUUAUGCAGCCUAUGCACAGACGGACAGCUUGUCUUCAUACAACGAAGCUUUCUUCUCAUCUGGUUUCAUCUGCAUUUCUGGUUUCAUAUUGGCUAUUUUUUCACACCUCUUCUGUACCAGGUCUUCCAUGUUUGCAGCAAAACUUCUUACUCAUAUGAUGGUUGCCUGCCUAGGUACUCAGAUUUCAUUUCUGGCCUCAGCUUACAUAAGUCAGCAACUCUCAGAGGAAGGUUGUUCAGCUUUGGGCUCAGUUACACACUACCUCUACCUUUGCCAGUUCAGCUGGAUGCUCAUUCAGGCUGUUAAUUUCUGGUACAUUCUGGUGAUGAAUGAUGAACACACAGAUCGGCGCUAUCUAAUGUUCUUUCUCCUGGGUUGGGGUCUUCCAGCUUUUGUUGUGAUUUUACUUUUAAUUAUCCUACGUGGAAUCUACCAUCAUAAUCUGUCACAGAUCUACGGCCUGGUGUACAAUGAUCUAUGCUUUAUUCCAAAUAUUUAUGCAGCACUUUUCACAGCUGCACUGGUACCACUGGUGUGCCUGGUGGUAGUAUUUGUUGUGUUCAUCCAUGCCUAUCAACUAACGCCCCAGUGGAAAGCGUAUGAUGAUGUAUUCAGAGGAAGAACCAAUGCAGCAGAGAUCCCACUGGUUUUGUACCUGUUUGCGCUCAUUUCCAUUACAUGGCUAUGGGGAGGACUGCAUAUGGCUUACAGACAUCUAUGGAUGUUGGUCUUCUUUGUCAUUUUCAACUGUCUACAAGGUCUUUAUGUCUUUGUGGUAUAUUUUAUUCUGCACAAUCAGCUCUGUUGCCCGGUAAAAGCAAGUUACACCAUUGAAAUGAAUGGACAUACAAGCCCAGGUUCUGCAUUUUUCACUCAUGGCAGUGGAAUGCCACCAGCAGGAGGAGAAAUCAGCAAAUCUACUCAGAAUCUCAUUGCAGCAAUGGAAGAGAUGCCAGCAGAUUGGGAGAGGGCAUCAUUGAGGCCUGUCAGCCAGGCCAGUGCUAUCUUUAAGCCAAGCCCACAGAAUGGCAGUGCAUAUACAAUGCCAGGGGGAUUUAGCAACAGCUCUUUGGUGGCUGAUGAAGAAUCACAAGAGUUUGAUGAUCUUAUAUUUGCUUUGAAAACUGGAGCAGGCCUCACUAUCAGUGACACCGAGUCCUGCCAUGGCAGCCAAGAUGGAAGCACAAUGGUUAAUUCACAGAUUGUAGAGCUUAGAAGAAUACCUAUAGCUGACACUCAUCUCUAGGACCUCCAUCUUUUCUUUUCUUCUUUAAAAACUUUAGUCCCUGUUUUUAUAUCUUCUUCUUCUUUUUUGGCACUAAAAACACACCAGUACAAACCGUGGUGUAGUAGAAUGCUGUGAAUUGUAGCGGGACAAUUAACAAAAGAGAGGAGGGGUAAAUGGGAAGAAAAACCUAUAAAUUCUUGCAGUGAAAUGUUGGCCCAGAUUUAAACCCAUUAACUUAGAUGCACAUAUUCCAUUGUGUAGUCUUUUUUUAAAAAAAAAUUAACCUGUAUGUGUAUGCUUGUUUUAAUAAAAACUGAUAAGAGUCAA